CACGCCAGUCUGACUCUUAAAAAAUGUUCGGUUUUCCUCUUCAGGUUGCAGAUCUUCUCUUUCAAGCAGCCAAAGGAGCUGGUCUCGAGUAUGACUGUGUGUGUGGUGUUCCUUACACGGCACUGCCGUUGGCCACAAUUAUCUGCUCAGAAAAUCAAAUUCCAAUGCUUAUACGGAGGAAGGAAGCAAAAGACUAUGGUACUAAGCGGCUGGUAGAAGGCACCAUUAAUCCAGGAGAAACAUGCUUGAUCAUUGAAGAUGUGGUAACAAGUGGAUCUAGCGUACUGGAAACUGCAGAAGUUCUUCAGAAAGAAGGAUUAAAAGUCACAGAUGCCAUAGUGCUGUUGGACAGGGAGCAGGGUGGGAAGGCCAGGUUAGAGGAACGUGGAAUUCGCCUGCAUUCUGUGUGCACGUUGUCUGGGGUGUUGGAAAUUCUCCAGCAGCAGGGAGAAGUGGCUGUUGAAAUGGUUGAAAAGGUGAAGAAGUUCAUUCAGGGAAAUGUGUUUGAGCCAGUGGCUCAGAACGGUCCUGCUCCUGUGAAGAGACCAUGUAAAGAGCUGAGCUUCAGCGCUCGUGCCAAGCUGCCAGGGGUACAUCCUAUCGCAGCCAGGCUUCUUGUGCUCAUGGAAAAAAAGCAAACAAACUUGUGCCUUUCUGCUGAUGUCACCAGCUCCAAAGAGCUGCUGCAGUUAGCUGCCGUCCUGGGCCCCAGCAUUUGUAUCCUGAAGACACAUCUAGACAUUCUGAAUGAUUUCACCCAAGAGGUAGUAAAGGAGUUGAGAACACUCGCAGAUCGACAUGAAUUCUUGAUUUUUGAAGACAGGAAGUUUGCAGACAUUGGAAACACAGUCAAGCAUCAAUAUGAAGGUGGUGUGUUCAGAAUCGCAUCCUGGUCAGACAUCAUUAAUGCCCACGUGGUUCCAGGCUCUGGGGUUGUGAAAGGUCUGAAGGAAGUAGGUCUUCCUCUCCAGCGUGGCUGUCUGCUGAUUGCCCAGAUGAGUUCCCAGGGGUCACUUGCAACGGGUGAAUACACAAAAGCUGCGGUACAAAUGGCUGAAGACAACUCAGAUUUUGUUUUUGGAUUCAUAUCUGGAUCUAGAGUUAGUAAUAAACCAGAAUUUCUUCACUUAACUCCAGGGGUGCAGCUGCAGACUGGAGGUGAUAACCUUGGACAGAAGUACCUAAGCCCCAAGGAAGUUAUUUGUGAAAAAGGUUCAGAUAUCAUUAUUGUGGGACGUGGCAUCUUGUCAGCUUCCGACCGUCUUCAAGAAGCAGAGAAGUACAGGAAGGAGGCUUGGGAGAGCUACGUAAGCAGAGUUGGUGUUCAUGCGGAAGACUGAAAGCAGAUCGUGCUCCUAGUUAAUAAGCAAAGCUGAUGGAGCUGCAAUCAUCGUGAGACUUCCAGUUAAAUACAUACGCACUUCAGCCAGUAGAAAACUGCCCUUUUGGAGAAAAAGCUGUUACUAACUAAAUUAUUUUCAGUCGUGCACACAAAGUUGUAUGUCAUGGUUGUAUUUUUGAUAUUUGAAUAUAUGAAACCAAACCUUCAUGCCAAGAUCUAGCCUUAAUAGCUUUUCUCUGAAAAAUGUUGCACGAAACACUCCAAGGGUAUUUUGUUGGUGGCUGUUGCUCUUGUUUUCCCCACCCUCAAAUUCCUUCUGGCUGUGGAAACUAUUUUACUGUUCUUAAUAAAUGUCACCUGCAGACCUGACCUGCUGCCCCACUCCUGCAGGAUUAGUUGGCUCUAUUUCCAAGAAUCAGGUAUGGAUCUUAAUUCCACACUGUGAAAUUGAAUAAUGUGUUGUUUAAUAAAUAAAUUUUUUGCUACUGUUUUCUUUUCAUGGGAUCUAUAAGUUGUCCUGUGGCAGUGUGAAAUACUUUUUUCAGACCCCCAGUAUUAUAAAAAGUCAUUCUAGUGUGUCUGUGACUGCGGGAAUUACUUAUGAUUCUAUUUACAGAAGCUAUGAAGAACUUGUCUGAGCAACUAGUUGUGUGCUUAACUACAGUGGAGCUGUUGUUUCCUCAAAGAUGAAGCAAAAAUGUGUUUUCUGUUUGUUGACUUCUUGUGACAAUAGCUGGAAUACUUCCAGGAAUUACUUUCCACUCUUCACAAUGAAUAAGGAGACAUAGAAAUAUCUUGUAUGCUUGGUUUUGAUUAGAAACAAUGGAAUAACCUAAAAUAUGGGGUGUGUGUGUGUGUGUUGGAAAUGGACUUGAAUUUUCAUUGCUAUCAGGAAGGCAAAGAUGAAUGGUGAUGCAGUUCUGGACUGAUGCUGUUCUUGUGCUGAUGAAAAGCACAUGGAGAAAUCUGGGUCCAUUUGUAAUACACUUAGUGUAGACUAGGAACAACUACAGAGAGAAGAGUUUUUUGGCAUUGGUACUGGACUCCACUGAGCCUUUCAAAAUAGAUUGGAGUUAUACUGAAGUUCAGAGGGAGAGUUUUGUUGAAUGUUGGUUGGAUUAAUUUGUGCAGAGUGUCUUAAGAGCAAGGGAUGCAUGUUUGGAUCUGAGGGCCUUGCUUUAUGCUUCUUGUAUCUGUGACAUUGUGCUCUAUUGGCAGUCGGGCUUCAGAACCAUAUAACUGAAAGAGUUCCUCUGUUUGGGCUUGUUGGGGGUGAUGACUUUACCCUUUCACACUCAGCAUGCCCUGAAAGUGUGCUUCCCCUCCCCUUGAUGACAGGGCUGCUCUGUGGGACUUAGGAGUUGCUUACUGUGAAGAGGAUAUUAAAACUUACUCAGUGUUUUAUUUUCCUUGGGGCUACAGUUUCCUUCAGUAGUCAUCUUAUGGAUCAUAUAUUUUACAUCCAGGUAAGAUGGAGGCUCUCUUGGCCACUUUUCACAGCUGGAGUUUGAUGUGUGUGUUGUAUCUUGCACAGCCACUUAUCAGCAGUCUGAGAGUCGUGAUAUUUCGCAUCAAAUCCUAAGAACUUACAGUCCUUCAAAGCGAAGGGAGGAUUUGUGAUUUGUUUACUGUCUCACUAUCUCAUGGCCUUGAGGCCUGUAGCAGAAACAAGACUUUCUCACUUAAACUGUUUUGCAGAAAACAACUUUUUCCACCAGAGGGAGCUGAGACACUAUUUUUCAGGAUAGUCAACGCCCUAGCUCUUUCACAGCUAAUAGUUUCCAAUGAUGGUACUAACUCUGGAUAUGCUUAGGGUGAAAAUCUUUCUGGUUUUUAACAAGUUACACCCUCACUGAUGUCCUCAUAUAAAACAGUAGAGUUUACCGUACAGCUGCCUCAGGCUCGAGUUCAGCACUGUGGUGUAGUCUCACUGUUACAGCCCGAACAGAAUUUUGUGAGUUCAAUAUUUUUCACUAACUGCUGAAUCAUAUUAACCAGGUGGCUGACAUCCAUGCAGCUCAAUCCCUGAGCAGGCUCUUCGGAGAGUUAGUUAGUUUGUUGGGCCUCUAGCUGAAAAAAUAGCAACUGCAUUGGGAGAGAUUGAUGUGAUCUAAUAUCCAGUCACUUCUAGAG